UUUAUAUUUAUUAGAAUGGGUGCUGGUCAUUCAAAGGGAACAACGGCAAAUUUCACCAGAAAAGAUUCUAAAAGGUUUAGCUUGCGGAAAAGGAAGCCGGUUAAUCAAUUGAAUGAAGAGCUCGAGCACGACAAGAUUACAGAAGAAGAAAUCAUCGGAAAGAGACAAUCAUGCCUUGCCAAUCUAAAGGAAAGUGUUAAUCGGCAUGAUGAUAAAUUAAACAGUUACAAUAAAAAAACAUCGGAGAUAAAAAGUCUUUUGGAUAUAUUAAAAGAGCAUAAAACCAAAAGUUCCAGUGAUUACGAAAAUGGAAGCGUUACAGACUCACAGAAGUUCAGAGAAACAAUAGAGCGAAUUGAAAAUGUUUUGAAAGAAUUCCAGAUGUUGCCGCAGUGUGCAAAAGAUUCCUUCAAAGAUGUAAAACAUAAUAUUAAAGAGUGCGUAGCAAUUGUGGAAGAAAAUAUCAAAGUCGUAGGUGAUAUGAACAAGAAGCCAGUGACAAGCGACGUUUCAGGUAUGUGA